UUAAGCCCACCAGUUCAGUUUAGUUCCAGCUGCCUAAGUGGAUACAUAUCUGCAUUUUUCUGAGAUGGCAUCAAGAGGCUGCAAGCAUCCAGCAGACGCAUUUUGCUAUGUCUGCGGCCAAUUAAUCAAGACAAGAGCGAAAAAGUACUCUGUGGAAGCAUCUGCUAAGAUGUGUGAGGCCUACAAGGCAUAUUUCGGCAUGCCUGUCGGGGAUCAAGACAAACUCUGGGCACCUCAUUUCACCUGCGAGCAAUGCAAAAAUACUCUGGAAGGCAGGCCAAGCCCGUCGGGGCCACCGCUCGCUCCUCGCCGGGACGCCAUGGGGGCGGCCGGAGGGCCGGCGGGCCGCCCGGAGCCUCCCGACGGCGGCUGGGGCUGGGUGGUCCUGGGCGCCGUUUUCCUCACCAUGAGCCUCUCACUGCCCGUGCCCCAGUCGCUCGGCGUGUUCUUCGCCGUUCUGCAGGACGAGUUCGACGCCUCGUCGGGCGCCACGGCCUGGGUGCCCUCGUGCAUGACGGCCACGUUGCACGCCGCCGGCCCCAUCUCGAGCGCGCUGGCCGGACGGAUCGGCUGCCGCUCGACGGUGAUGCUGGGCGGCCUGCUCACGAGCGUGGGCCUCAUCCUCGCGUCGCUCAGCGGCUCCAUCGGAUACCUCUACGCUGCCGCCAUCGUCAGCGGCCUGGGCAUUUGCCUGUGCUUCCAGCCGGCGCUCACCAUCCUGGGCCACUACUUCCUCCGCCGGCGCUCGCUGGCGAACGGCGUGGCGUCGUCGGGCACGGCGGUCGGCAUUUGCCUGCUGCCGCUCGUGGCGCAGGCGCUGCUGUCGAGGUACGGCUGGCGCGGCGCCUUCCUCAUCAUGGGCUCGCUGAUCCUCAACUGCUGCGUGUGCGCCGCGCUCAUGCGGCCCGUGGCCGCCGUCGUCGCCGCCGGCGCCAUCGCCGGCGCCGCGACACCCUCCGAGGACGCUCGUCGGAAGAGCGGCCGCAGAGAGACGGGCUUGUGCUGCUGCAUGGCGGAGCGGUGCGGUGAGAAGCCGGCCUCCGCGCCAGACGAGGCGGAGACGCUGGUGCGCAACGGCGGCGUGCCCGAUGGCCGGCGGGCCGCCCCCGGCACGAACCUGAACGGCGGCUCGUGCGGCUGCGGCGGAGCCGGCGGUUUAACCGACGCCACGUCGGGCACCGGCGGCAAGGAGCUCGUCGUGCCGCAGCUAAACGACGACGGGACCCCGCGGCACCCACGGCAACCCACGGCCCCGCGCCACGCGCCGAUCGGCGGGGAGGGAUCGCCGGGCGGCCGCGAGCGGUCGACGGCCCGCCGGCGCCUGGCCCGCGCCGCCGCCCGGGCCAACCUGGACCUGUUUGGCAACCCGCUGUACAGCAUCUUCGUGUUCGGCACCACGCUCAUGGUGCUGGGCUUCUUCGUGCCGGUCAUCUUCCUGGUGCCGUACGCCCAGUCCAUCGGCAUGAGCGACGAAGAGGCGGGGCCGCCCUCCUCUCCAUCAACGCCGGACGAGCCCGACUUAAAACAACGACGCGUCCGCCGAUGA